AGUUCUUUCGUAAAUUUUGCCCCAUAUUUGCCAUCCCAUUUGUGCUAUCUGCUACACAUGGGACCAUUUGUGCAUAUAAAUUAUAAAUAACUUUAUUGGCUAUCAGCAUUUUUGAUCGCCGGGACUGAUCAGCAAUUGAAAUUCCUCUUUUCUUCGAUCGAAUGGUACCAGUUCGAGCGACUUCUCGUUCAAUCGAGUGUGGUAGCUCAGACGAAGAUGUCGCAAAUUUGGUUUCUAGCGCUGUUGGUGGUGAUCGGCAAAACAUCUUCCCAUGCAGAAACAAACGUAGUGGACUACAGUUGCGAUGUUCCUCAUGAAUUGGAAAAAGGCGUUUGCGUCAGCGAGCAGGAGUGUCCAGCGUUUACAAAUAUCACGAAUGGAGACACUCUGGGUUCAGCUAGUCGAUUAAGCUUUGUGAAAGCCUUACAGUGUGCACUGGAUGACGAGGAGCCAGGAAUCUGUUGUCCAAGCAGUGGUGCAUAUAGAAAUCCUGAACUGACAGCGAAUACUAAAAGAGAACGAGUGCCAAAAGGCCCCUCAUUGCUCCGGUUCGGGGCACACGACAAUUGCGGUAGUCAGACACCGUAUGUGCCCAAAGUGUAUGGACGUAUAGCUGAGAUCGAUGAUUUCCCAUGGGCUGCCCUGCUAAUCUACCGGGGUGGUCGUCAAGGUUGCGGAGGAGUUCUGAUCAGCAGAAACUUUGUAGUUACGGCUGCGCAUUGUCUAACUGGACCGAGCUACGAUAGACAUGGACCACUGUGAGUAAAACCUGUAUAACCUGAAAGUGGUAGGGUGCGGGACCAUUUUGGCACAGAAUCCUAUUUUCGCUUAGAACACAGUCGAUUUUG